UUAUGAGCUAGUUAAAGAUGCCAGAAAUCUUUAUGGGAUUGAGCUUUUUAGUCGUUAACGCUGUGCGCAAAGUUACGCGAUUGGCGUCUUUUGUGGAAAAAUACGCACAGAUGAGAGUUUUGCGUAAAUCUGAUCAUUCUAUCUGGUGGAUCUGCGCUCUCCGCACCGCUUCUGGUUGUUUUAAAAUCAGUGAUUGGAGUCAAGAGAGCGGCGUAGUAAGAGGAUAGCGCAUCGUUAGUGUUUAUGUCUUUUCUCUCCGCUUCCCAAAGUUAAUCGUAGUGGAAAGGGGCUGGUGUAUUCGGUGUAUGAAGAGAGGGAGGGGGCGGCUGUGUGGUCAUGGCAGAGAGCAUUUGAAGAUCACUCAUCAGAGCACAGGGGCCCGGGGACGGAGACAGAGUCAGAGGCAAAGAGGAGGCAGAAAAUGAUCGUAUGUGGGGAGCGGAGCUGAAAUCUGUGCGCAGCUGGAUAAAACAGAAAAAAAAAACAGACAGAAAAGUGGGGUCCGGAUGGAGCUUGAAAUAACAGGAAUAUUACACGCUGGGUGUUUUCUCGUAAAUGGAUUACCAAAGGAAUAUGCCAUUCAGUCGGACUGCCCCGUUCAUGCGUGAAUUGGGAUACUUAAGGUAACAUCUCCACCGGUGUGAAACAGGAAGUGUCGUCUGUGAGCAGCCAUGGGCCAGAGAGCUGCGCUUCUGCUCAGUGAGCUGCUGCUGCUGCUGCUGCUGCUGCUGACAGCCUCACGCACUCUCCUUGCAGUCAGCUUCCCUGAGGACAUCGUACCCCUCGAUGUCGUUGACGCACACUUUGUGCGCAGGUACCCAGUGUUCAGAGGCAGGCCCUCUGGCAACGAGUCGCAGCAUCGCCUUGACUUUCAGCUGAUGACCAAGAUACAGGACACUCUGUUCAUCGCUGGCAGAGAUCAGGUGUACCUUGUCAGUCUGAGAGAAUCCUACAGGAAUGAGAUCAUUCCUUACCGGAAGCUAACAUGGCGAUCAGGCCAAGCUGACAGAGAGAUGUGUGCCGUCAAGGGAAAACACAGAGAUGAGUGCCACAACUUCAUCAAAGUGCUGGUGCCCAGAAAUGACGACCUGGUGUUCAUCUGCGGCACCAACGGCUUCAACCCCAUGUGCAGAUACUACAGGCUGGAUAACCUGGAGUUUGAUGGGGAAGAGAUCAAUGGACUGGCACGGUGCCCAUUUGACUCCAAACAAACCAACGUUGCCCUUUUCGCUGAAGGGAAGCUGUACUCUGCAACCGUAGCUGACUUCCAGGCCAGUGAUUCUGUCAUCUAUCGCAGUAUGGGUGAUGGAUCAGCCUUGAGAACCAUCAAAUAUGACUCCAAAUGGCUGAAAGAACCUCAUUUCCUGCACGCAGCAGAGUAUGGGAAUUAUGUGUACUUUUUCUACCGAGAGAUUGCAGUGGAGCACAGCAAUCUGGGCAAGGUCGUGUACUCCCGCGUGGCCCGGAUCUGUAAAAAUGACGUCGGCGGGUCACAGCGGGUGCUGGAGAAGCACUGGACGUCUUUUGUGAAGGCGAGGCUGAACUGCUCCGUGCCAGGAGAGUCCUUCUUCUACUUCGAUGUGCUUCAAUCCAUCACCGACAUCAUCAACAUCAACGGAGUUCCCUCGGUGGUGGGCGUCUUCACCACGCAGAUGAACAGCAUCCCAGGGUCAGCAGUGUGUGCCUUCUCCAUGGCCGACAUCGAGAAAGUAUUCUGGGGUCGGUUCAAAGAGCAGAAGACUCCCGACUCGGUAUGGACUCCUUUUCCAGAGGAGAAGCUGCCCAAACCUCGACCCGGGUGCUGUGCAGGUCACGGUCCAGCUGCGUCCUUUAAGAGCUCCGUGGAGUUCCCGGACGAUACCCUGCAGUUCAUCAAGUCCCACCCCCUCAUGGACACAGCUGUGCCUUCUAUCGGGGAUGAGCCUUGGUUCACCAAGACACGUGUCAGGUACAGGAUGACAGCGCUGGCCGUGGACAACGAAGCAGGACCCCACAUGAACUACACAGUGGUGUUCAUCGGGGCCGAGUCAGGGAUCGUCCUCAAGGUUUUAGCCAAGACCUCAUCUGUAUCCCUGAAUGACAGCCUGCUUCUGGAGGAGAUAGACGUCUUCAACAGGGCCAAGUGCCUGUCGAACCACGAGGAUGACAAGCGUGUCCUGUCGCUGCAUGUGGACAAAGAGACACACAGCCUUUAUGUCGCCUUUUCAAGCUGUGUCAUCCGUGUUCCCCUGAGUCGCUGCGAAAGACACUCAUCCUGCCACAAGUCCUGCAUUGCAUCAAGGGAUCCUUAUUGUGGCUGGAAGCCUCACACAGCCUGCGAGAGGAUACAGCCUGGUGUUUUGGCUGGAUACGAGCAGGAUGUUGAAUUUGGAAACACUGCCCACCUCGGAGACUGCCAAGCAUUUUUGGGCACUACUUCAGCGCCAGAUUACAAAUCAUUUGGCGACCCUACCUCUGACAUGGAGUUUUCAUCAGCGCCAGUCACUGUCCAGCCCAGUGGUCCCAUACACCCCCCAGUACUCAUACCCACUCAGAACCCCAGCUCUGGGCCUGGUCCAGAGCUCUACGGCUCAGGCUUUGUGCUGCAGGAUGACCCAGCCACCUCCCAUUCUUUAGACUCUAUCCCAGGGGGCCAAGAGGGUGUAUGGGAUAUCCAAGCAGGUGAGACCAACCAGAUGGUCCAUAUGAACAUCCUCAUCACCUGUGUGUUUGCUGCUUUCCUCAUGGGCGCCCUCCUGGCUGGUCUGAUUGUUUUCUGCUACCGAGAUUCAUUCCUUCGUAAACCUAGACAUGUUCACAAGGAUGCAGAGUCAGCACCAUCCUGCUCAGACUCCACUGGAAGCUUUGUCAAACUCAACGGCCUCUUUGACAGCCCUGUAAAGGAGUACCAGACCAACAUUGAUUCUCCAAAGCUGUACACCAAUUUGCUAAGCAAUGGCAAAGACCUGAACACACCCAACGGUGACACCAAGACCAUGAUUCUGAGGGAUGGCUGUCAGCCCCCUGAGCUGGCUGCUCUGCCCACACCGGAGUCCACCCCUGUGCUUCAGCAGAAAGGCCUGCAGCCCAUCAAAAACCAGUGGGAGAGGGCUCACGGGAAGGUCAGCGGACCCCGCAAGGAGUCCAACUCAUCAGCCAAGAGUCCUCAGUUUCUUCCUUCUUCUCCUGCUCCUGCUAACUCCAACCCCCACCACCCUCACCUUGCCCUGGGACACUCCCACAUCCCCAGUGCGGUUGUCUUGCCCAACGCCACUCAUGACCACUCUAACCUUGACAAUGGAGAUGAUACACUGCCACAUUCAUCUGAAAAGAAGCUCAAGACACCAGAUUCUAAGGGAAGUAGGAAAGACCAGAAGAGGUCUGUGGAUGCUAGAAAUACCCUAAAUGACCUUUUAAAACACCUCAAUGACUCUGUGGCCAACCCCAAGGCCAUUCUUCAGGAGGGAUCGGGUCCCCGCCCGAGGCAGCAUCUCACACUGGAGCCCAUGGAGGAACUGACUGAAUUACCCCCAAAGGUGCCCAGUCGUGAGGCCUCCUUAUACUCCCCCUCCUCCUCUCUGCCAAGGCACAGCCCCACCAAGAGGGUUGAUGUGCCCAUGCCCACCACUCCCACCACACCGACGGGAAGCCUGAGCAUGGGGGGCACCCUAGAGAGGCAGAGAGGGGGGUAUCAACUCCACCGGAGUGCCUCUCACAGGCACUCCUUAUCCACCUCACCAAAUGGGGUAACUAUGGGGGUGUCUGUGUCUCGCCAACACAGUAUGAACAGAGGGGGAUACAUGCCCCCAACACCCCCCUCCAGACUUGACUCCCACGGAGGAGUGGUGGCGUCAGGAAUGCACUCAGCCCACUCGUCCUCUGUAUCCCGACAGAGCAGCUACAGUGGGCACGGCUCACUCCCUCGCACGGGGCUUAAACGGACCCCAUCGAUAAAGCCAGAUGUGCCCCCUAAACCCAAUGGGUUUUCACCACAGACUCCACAGAUGCGAGUGGUCAACAAGUACAGUUAUUAAAAGACAAUGGACACUUCUGAGUGAGCGCUCAGCCUUGACCAUAGAGCUUUGAGCCCCGAGGGCUUGGGGGUGGGGUACGGAUGGGGUAAGGCCUAGUGUGUAUUUGUGUAUCAGCUUGAGGUGUGUUCCCCCUUUAAACGAUAUGCACAUUCACUCACACUAAAAAGGGAAUAAUCGCACAGACGGCCAAAGAUACUCAUUGGGGCUUCUUUGCUCCCUGCAACCCCAUCUCCCUCCCUUGUCAUGGUAGCCACAGGAUAGACACAGUGGACAGUGGUCAGUCUGCUGCUCCCCAUUGUAUCUGGGCUCGGGUGUCAAUCGUUCCUAUAGUAGGUUCAAGGUUCAGGACACCAGCAGGGGCCGCUGCGGCGUAUGUGCAUGUGGUACCAGGUCAAAAACAGUGGAAUACUUGAAGAAUGGGUCUCAUUUGUCACUGCCCUUGAGCACUGUCUUCCCACCAAUGUGAACUGAACGGAGAGGAGAGGUAGGCCAUGCCUUUGGUAGUAAGAUGGCAGAGGGCAAAGGAGAGGAAAAUCAAUAAUCAUGGUGUGUGUGUGUGUGUGUGUGUGUGUGUGUGUGUGUGUGUGUGUGUGUGUGUGUGUGUGUGUGUGUGUGUGUGUGUGUGUGUGUGUGUGUGUGUGUGUGUUUCUGAAGAUACAAAUGACCGUGAACAGCUGAAUUAAGCAGCGAGCGAACAGAAAAAGAGUGCAAAUGAACGUGUGCAUGUGUGUUGGUUGACUGGAAAGCAGAUUCGUGCAAAGGCAUCACAUAUAUUAGGCAUUCCCAUCUGGUAAUCGAGGGUGGUGUCACUUGCCAGAGGAUGCACUUUGAGACGUGUUUAAGACCUAAGACACUGUCCUUCAUUUCAACAAUAUUAUCUCUUUUUUGGGCUUGUUGGAACCCCUCUGAUCCGAGCCUGAACCGUAUUUUUGUGUCAUUCUGUAAUGUUUCUGGUUUUUGGCCUCGGCUGUGGGGAUGUUGGGUGUAUUCUGAAACAGGUUCUCUGUAACUCACUGGGAAAUUUUACUUAGUACAUUUGCUGCUAUUGGUUUUAGACAUAGGUGUUUGUCUUUGAUGCAUUUUUUCUCAACCAGGCUUGGAUAGUCUCUGAUAUGGGUGCGCACAUCUGCUUGUGUGAGAGUGUGUGUUAUAUUGCAGACGGAGGCCAAGGAGUACAGUUUUAAGCAACCAAAUGCACUGUUAAAACUGGUACAUGGGAUAAAAAUGUGUCUCUCUUGGACUGAAAUUUCCCCAAACCUCCACUGCCCCUCUUUGAAGGAAUUAUACUGGUGGUUCAAGAGUCCUCUGUCUUUAUGUAGCAAUGGUAUUAAGAACAAAAAAAAAAUGCAUUUCUCAUCUCAUUCUAUAAAUUAAUUUUCAACAGAAUGAUUUGCUUUUGUAAUGUUUUACAGUUUUAUUUAAAGAGGUUACCAUACGAAACUAAAGCAACACCAAUGGUUUAGCCCAUGUGUAUGAAUCCAACAUUUCAGGGCACUGCUAUCCUGUUAAACUUGUGUGUCCCCUAAUAGAACAACACUAGAGUUUCUCUCCUACAUUAACCCUAUUAAAGGUUUAUUAAACUGACCCUAGAACAAUACAUGGAUGUAACAUCUCUGUCAUCUGUCGUGCUGGUUCUGCAGCCCCUGUUCCCGUGCAGCUUCCUCUGCAAGUGGCCAGUGUACAAUCAAGACAACAUUUACCAAUGUGUCCAAAUGAGUCAUGCUGGGAAUGACAAGAUCCUGUAUAUACUUAAAUACUAUAAAUAAGGAGUAUGAAUAUUUUUAGGCAAGUGAACCUGAAUCUGUGCAUUGUGUGCCUUAUUCACAAAAUGAACUACAGUAUAUAUUAUUGGCAAUGUCAAUUGGUCCUCUGUAUGUUAUUGUCAGAUGCUAUAUGAACAAUUUUUAUAUCAGCAAUUUGGAAUUCCGCUGGAAAAAAUCACUACCUAAUCUAAACUGAAAGUGAUGUGGAGAACAAAUUGACAAACAUUCCGCUUGUGAGUGCUAGUCAUACAAAAGAACAGUAAUUUUAUUGGGAUAUGAAUCAGUUUUUUUCUCGUUUACUGCCGGUGUUGAAAAGAAGGGUGUUAAUCCACCACAUAGAGGUGCCAUGCGGUGAAUGUAUUUUCCUGACCGUGGGAUGUAGGGUGGUGAGACCUUGCACUGUGGAGCAGUCGGCUCAAUACAGCACAUCCUGCCCACAGCCAAUGUAUCAACACAGUGUUCACAUGAGAGUCGCCUGUUGGCAAGGCCCGGCGGUCGUGCAGAAUCUGCAAUUCCCCAGGAUUGCAGCAGUGACAGGAAUUGUUUUCUAAUGGCCAGUAGGGAUGACCGAGGGAUCAUUUCUCGUAGCAAGUGGUGGGGUGCAUUAUUUGGGUGAGUUCUGCAAUCCUAUUCCGAGUGUCAGUUGCCUGUUUUAGCCCAAAGCCACAUUUUGUUUACAAGUGAUGAUUGUAUGUAAAGACUUUCUGCCUGUCAUCUAACCAGUGUUUGGGCUCUCUUUUUCUACUCAACACAUGCACACUGACAUCACACGACAUACACUCAAACAUACACUUGCUCAACUGCCUUGUACAUUGCAAUAUGAACUGGGUCUUUCUGUUGCAAUCUAAAUUGAAGCCUUUAUAUUUCAGUCUGAGCUUUGGUGUAUGUGCAGAUGAAACCAGAUUUUGUCAUGUAACUUUGAUUUUAAAUACUGUGCAACAUGGCAACGUGAGGCCAGCUGUAUAUAUGAUCUCCAGAGUAUUUGAGCGUGUAGAUAUGUUGUAAAGUUGUACUGUGAAUGUGUAAAUAAUAAUGAUGGUCUUUGUUUCAUGAUAUUUUUUGUUGAUUUUUUUAACACGGCAUGUAUAGUUGAAAUAAAACAUUACUGCACAGUA